CGGGGCGCGGUCGCCAUGGUGACGGCGCCAUUUUGCUGCGGGCCGCCCGGCGCCCCCCGCUCCCUGCGGCCGGGCAGCAGCGGGCCGAGCGCGGAGGAUGCGGAGGGGCGGAGCGGCCGCCCCGUCCUCUCGCCCUCCCCGGGGGGCGGCUGCCGCCUGGCCCCGGCGGCCGCUGGCGGCCUGGAGGCGGCCCCGCCGAGGAUGAGCGCGGGCUGCGGGCGGGACCCCCCCGGGAAGAGAGCGCGGCUCGGGCCCGGCCCCCGCCAGGAGGGGCCCGGGGGCAGCGGCUCGGCCGGCGGCAGCCCCGGCACCGCCGUGGGGAACAGAGCUUGUAAACAACGGACAAUUACCACUUGGCUGGAGAAUAAAGGACCCAAGACGACAGAGUCUACAAGUGACAAUACUGAAGCAAGUACCAAGAUGACUUCCGUUAAAAAAGAAAACUUCUGUGAGCAUGAUGUGAAAAAACUAGAGAAUGUUUGCCAGGAAAAUUAUCAAAAAAUAUCUGUGGAAGUUGGUGCAAAGCACGUAAAUUUGCCUCAGACAGGCAGCGUGUAUAACUGGGAGGCUGAGGACAAAGAUCCAAUCUCGGACAGAGAGCCUGUGAAGGUUGGGCAGUCCGGAGACCUCUUUAAAAACGCCAACAUCGAUCAGAUGCACAAAACUGGCAAGCAGGUUCAAAGAGGCUGUGAAGAAAGCGGUGACACUUGGACUCAGAGGAAGCUAUCAUCGGGCCGAUCUUUGAAAAUGGGAAAUACAAAACUUUCUUCAAAAGACACUGAGAUAGAUGGACAAGUGGCUUCGUGCAAUUCGCAAAAGCCGAAGAGUUGCAACUCUGUCAAUGUGGUCUGUUUAACGGGUGAGCAAGAAGAAGGGGAUGUAGUUCCAGAGAGCCCACUUUCAGACGCUGGGUGUGAUGCUUGCGUACCUGAUCUGGGGGGUCCUGGGAAACUGAGCAAAUGCCCAAGUAGUUCAGGGGAUUCACCUGCUUUUGAGAAAGAAAGUGAGCCAGAGUCACCAAUGGAUGUAGACAAUUCUAAAAAUAGCUGUCACGGCUCAGAGGCUGAUGAAGAAACAAGUCCCUUUCUUGAUGAGCGAGAGGAGAAUAAUAUGUCCAAAUCCAUAAACAAGUCUUUUAGAAUUCAGUAUGGGGAUGCUGAACUGGAGUCAAGGAAGUCACGAUUUUCUGCCAAGGGUUGUGAAGGCUUUGAGGGAAUAGAUAACUCCCUCAAAGAGGACGAUCUGCAUACAAAAUCACCUGGGAUCGCUCCUGCUACAUCAUCAGAAUGCAAAGGUGCAAAACCAAGUGUGAAGAAAGACUCCAAAAUCACCUCUCACUUCAUGAGGAUACCUAAAAUUGAGGAAAAAAGCAGGAAAGAAAAGUGUGAAUUCAAACCCCAGAGGCCAGGACGGAAGACUCCUAAAUAUAUGCCACCUCCUCUUCCAACUAAUAAGAAGUGGUUUGGGACACCAAUUGAAGAGAUGAGAAGAAUGCCCAUGUGUGGGGCCCGUCUUCCUCACCUGAGACCCUCAGCCAAUCAUACAGUAACCAUCAGAGUAGAUCUUCUGAGGGAAGGAGAGGUGCCUAAACCUUUCCCAACUCACUACAAAGAUUUGUGGGACAACAAACACGUUAAAAUGCCGUGCUCAGAACAAAAUUUAUACCCUGUAGAGGAUGAGAAUGGAGACAGAACUGCUGGAAGUCGAUGGGAACUAAUCCAAACUGCCUUACUUAACAAAUUUACAUGCUCCCACGAUUUGAAGGAGGCUAUACUGAGAUACAACGUUGCUUAUGCCAAGAAAUGGGACUUCACAGCACUUACUGACUUCUGUGACAAGGUUCUUGAAGAUGCAGAGGCCCAGCAUUUGUUUCAGUCCAUUCUUCCUGAUAUGGUCAAGCUUGCGCUUUGUCUCCCUAGUAUCUGCACACAGCCAGUACCUCUACUGAAACAAAAGAUGAAUCACUCCAUCACAAUGUCACAAGAACAGAUUGCUAGCUUUCUGGCCAAUGCUUUCUUCUGUACUUUUCCACGUCGCAAUGCGAAGAUGAAGUCCGAGUAUUCUAGUUAUCCAGACAUUAACUUCAACAGAUUGUUUGAAGGACGGUCACCAAGGAAGCCUGAGAAACUUAAGACACUUUUCUGCUAUUUUAGAAGAGUCACAGAAAAAAAACCUACUGGGUUGGUGACGUUUACAAGGCAAAGUCUCCAAGAGUUUCCAGACUGGGAAAGAUCUCAGAAAAAACUGUCUAGAUUACAUGUCACCUAUGAGGGCACUAUUGAAGGCAAUGGACAAGGUAUGCUACAGGUUGAUUUUGCAAACCGUUUUGUUGGAGGUGGUGUCACUGGGGCAGGACUGGUACAAGAAGAAAUUCGUUUUUUAAUCAACCCAGAACUGAUUGUAUCGAGGCUCAUCACUGAAGUCUUGGAUCACAAUGAAUGUCUCAUCAUCACAGGUACUGAGCAGUACAGUGAAUAUACAGGCUAUGCAGAAACUUACCGGUGGGCAAGAAGCCAUGAAGAUAAGACCCCAAGGGAUGAAUGGCAGCGACGCUACACGGAAAUUGUAGCUAUAGAUGCAUUCCACUUCAGACGUUUCCUUGAUCAGUUUGGUCCAGAGAAAAUCAGAAGAGAGCUCAACAAGGCCUACUGUGGCUUCUCUCGACCCAAUGUUCCGCCGCAACAUCUCUCUGCAAUAGCCACAGGAAACUGGGGAUGUGGUGCCUUUGGAGGGGACUCCAGAUUAAAAGCCUUAAUACAGAUAUUGGCAGCUGCUGAGUCUGGACGCGAUGUUGUUUAUUUUACCUUUGGAGAUGUGGAGCUGAUGCGAGAUAUUUACAGCAUGCACACUUUUCUCUGUGAGAAGGGCCAAACUGUUGGGGACAUUUAUAGGCUGUUACUCAGAUACUACAAUGAAGAAUGCAGAUGCUGUUCUACUUCAGGACCAGAUGUCAAGCUGUACUCGUUCAUAUAUAACACCGUUGAAUCCUAUGCAGAUUCUACUGACGAUGAUGAUGAAGAAAAAGGGUUGUGCUUUGAGGACUAAAAUAAAUGUGCUUGAUCAGAAUACUGUUCAGCUCCUCCUCCCACUGGUAUAUUGUUUGAAUUGCUGAGUGUAAUGUAUGAAUUGGAUACCUUAAUAUAUAUUGGUUGCAUUGGUAGUUAUCAAACAUCAAACAAAAAUUGAACUAUGAGAGGUUUUUCUGUUUGUUUGAUAGUUUCAUACAUGAAAAACCUUGUUCAUGUGUGUACAGAAGGGAUUUCCUUGGUAAAUCUAGUUUGCAUUACACCUUGUUAAGCAGGAGAUUUUGGACACACUUGUAUUUCAGUCAAGAGAUUGCUGAAGGACUUCAGAAGAUUUCUCUGUACUCUUUUGCCUUUAUUUUUGAGAGAUCUUAUCUAGAUUUCUUACUGAACUUAGUGCUGGAGUAUGUGGAGCUCUAUCGCUCCUGGGGUGAUUUUAGAGAGAAGCAUUGUAAGGGUCACUUGUACUGAAAGUUGUAAUAAUUUGAUUACCUCGUUAAGACUGCCACGGUACUUUCAUUGUUCUUACCAGCUUUUUCAUUCAUUUAACUUAAUGUCCUGUUUUUAAUAUACUUUUUAAUAAAUGGCUGAAGACGAAAAGAUUGUGGAGGGAGCUGUAAAGUAUUUCACAACUGCUGUAUCUUUACCAAAUCAGACAAAAAGUUUUGAAGAAGUAGAGAAAGUCUGAAGUAUAGAAGGCUGGGAAAUGAGAAACAUGAUCAAAGUUACAAACAAAAAGAAACGUUUUUCAAAUGAAACUUAAAAGCCGUUUUGUUGGUGCUGUUACAACACGGAACAAGGUCUUAAACAUAGUAUAUCUGAAGUUUCUCAAAGUUCACUGUUGGCAACUUCAUCAGAAUUAAUCGUGUUUAUAUCCUCAUAUCAGUUCUCCUUUAUUGCAAUAUGUAUGUAUGUGAGCAUAAAAUCCCCAUGGGAUAACGUAAGGUAAUGGAAAUCGUUUACUUAUCAGUGGGAGGAGCAUCUUCAAGCUACAGAUAAAAACUAAGGUCUUGUUAGUUGUUUGUGCCCUUGUCUUUCGAGACAUGGGAAUGAUUAUGUUGAAAAAGGAUCAAAAGGCGUGUAAAAGCUGUGCUAUUACUGUCUCUAUGAGUAACAAAUUAAUGUUUCUGUAGUACAUUAAUAUUUUACACAAAACUGCAGAUAAAUCUGUGAAAAAACUUCUCCAGGUCUGCAUACAGGGCCAAUUCAAUGGAAUGUUAGUUUAUCAGAAAUUUAAACUGAGUUUAAGUUUAAGCCCAAAUUGCUUAGUUUAACCUCUUCUGUAUUAGAUUUGUCUGGUCUGUCAUAGCUAUUACCAGCUUAGCAACACAAGUAAAACAGCAGCAGGAAACAUAGAGAGCUGAGGCUGUAGUACCAACACAUCCUUUUGGCUAAUGUCUGAUAAAACCUCUCUAAUCCUGAAGUAUAAUUUAGACUACCAACAGCUUCCAGCAUUUAGUUACUGCCUUGCAAUAAAGCACUCACUGCUUGAGCUGCUCAGGUGGGAGAGCAGCAGCAAAGAGUUUUGGUCAUUUGCAAGUACCUGCAGAAUUGACACUGCAGUGGGCAGGUUGGAAGUGUGUUGCUCAAAAGGUGAUGGACACAGCAGCUUAAGCGAUUUCUUCCUAUUAUUCUUACCAGCUGUGGUUUUCUCCACCUGUGUCCGUUUUAAGAAAAAAAAAUGGGAUAGAAUUUCAGGCCGUUUGCAGCUUGCAUCCUCUAGGUUAGUGGAACUCUUUUCUCCUGCUCCUAGUGUUUCAGUGUUGGUUGAGAUUCUGGCAAUAGGAGUAAAUGUUUUAUCAUAAGCUCUUAUUUCGGCAUUUAGGUUCAACUAUGACAGCAUUUCUAGAUGCACUGCUGAUGACAAAUGCCCCUGGUUAAUUAAGAAGAAAGAAAGAAAAUUGGUGCUAGCUGCCAAGUUUUCUUCACUUAACUACUCAGGAUUUCCUAUAGAAAAGGUAAACAGAAUUUGUUCCUAACCAACUGGAAGAAGAUAUAGCAAAAAGCUUUAGGUGGCUAGAGGUGACCUCCCCUUUCUUGUAAAUAAAUACAUCUUUAUUAGUGCAAUAUUCAUUGUGAGGGGAAGUGAUGUUUUUGUGUAUGAAAAAUGUACCAAAUAAGAUGACAAAAAAAUCUACUUCAACUCUAGAAACAGAAAAAUAUAUUUAACUCUGGAAAGAUUGUCUGAGGAUCAUACAGUAGUGUAUUCAGUUGAGAGUUUUUGCAGUGUCAAGUAUUUCCAGGAAAUUCCUAGUCAUCUUCUGUAGUCUGUAUUUUCACUGAUACCAGAGGCUUUUCUAACAUGGGGGAGAAUACCUUUUAUUUGAGAUUAUUCUUUAUGAUGUGUUUCCCAUAUACUUUUUCCUAUGAAAUACGGUUAUAUGGACAGGAGAAAAAGAAAAUUAAUUUUUCUGUUUGUGUCAUCUGAGUAAGAAUAAUGCAUCCUGUGUUCUACCUUGUGUCCCUGGUCUUGUAAAGGGCAGUGUUCAAGAACACUUGGGACAUGACUUUGAUUGCAGGCAGGAAGAUUGUAUUUUUGUUGUUUUUGUUUGUUUUGUUCUGUUUUUCUGGAAGCAAAAGAGCUGAGAGUUAACAAGGUAACAAUGGUGUUACAUUACCAUGACUUUCUAAUUCAAUAAAGAGCUACACUGCCCGGAAUGCUGCAUGUGGAAGCAGAAAUUUUGAAUCAGCCCAAUAUGUGUUCUGCAUCUCACUUCUUCCAUCCAGCCACUGUUCUCCAUUUAUAAACUACCUGAGAUAUUUCCUUCAGCUAGAGAUGAGUUUUGGUGCUCUGCUUGGAGCAGUGUGGAGUGGAGAGGCUGAGGAUCUUUGUGCAGCCUAGUAAGCUUCAGAUUCACUCUUCCAGAAACUUGUUUAUAGAGUAUUGUUUUUUUGUUUUUUAUUACUUUAAGGAUGUUUGAUAUAUGUUUUCAAAUAAACUUCUUACCAAAACUAUUGUUUUAUACUUGUUUUAGCAGCUAAAUUGAAUCCUUAAUAUGAAACAACAACAGGCAGUCAUUUAGAUUGCCAUGUUGCCUCAUAGUAAAGUUGGUGACAGAGCACUUCUGUUUGUUUUACAGCUCUUUCACCUAAAUUCCUCAGUUAUGAGGUGUUCUUACCUAAGGAUGAGUACCCAUUACUGUAUAUAUUAAUUUAUAGACUGGUGAACUGUUCCUGACAUUCUUCAAAACUUACAAUUUAUGCAUCAUUAUAUUAUAUUGAUUUUUUUUCUGGAUCUGUAUGCUAAUGUUUACAUGAUUUUUGUAGGAAUAUAAUUAAAAAAAAAAACAUUGAAGCAA